UUGUGAUGUGCUAAAAAUUGUUUUCUUUAUUAUUGGUUCGUUAAAAAACUUCUCAAAUAUGGAUCCUUUAACGCCAAAUAAAAUACAGAGACUGAUGCAUUUAGCCGAAGAUGCAUCUUUCAAUAUACGCAGGCAACAAGAAUUGUUUAGGCUUCCAACGGAAGUGAAACCCCUUGGACAUCACAUAGCAGCCUUGUACAGUCAGGAAUCUGGUGCCUGUGAGUCUUCAUCUGGUCUUUUAGAUUUAGACCAAAUACAAGGUUUUGGUGAGUCUGAGGCUGGAUCCAUAGGCAAAUCUACUGGCUUCUUCCCCGGUGAGAUGACUGGCCGCUCCACCGGUGCAGAAGAGAACUUUCCCAAUGUACCCAAGGGACUUUCACAAACAUUCAACUUAGAUUGUAUUAGUAAGCAAUUAGACGAUCAAUCCAAUGAAGUCAAUCAGAUUAUGCGACAUUCUAUUGCUACGAAUUUUUCUCUUCAUUCCAAGAAUCUAACAGCAAGUGAAGCAUCCUUUGUAGCUAAGUACGCCCCUAUCCCGGUGCUACAGACUCGUACCAUCAUACCUUCGUCGAUCGACAUGUCUGUAGACUCUAUUGGGGGCUACUUCAGGGACAGAUGCCCUGAGUUUAGCAAGGUCCUUGGCCAUUCGGAUAGCCCUAACCGAUCUAGCAUGCAGCCUAGCUUAACUGAAGUUUCACAUUACGAAACACCGGAGUCUCUUCAACACUUGCCCAGCAAACUCGACCCAUCCUUAGAUAGUGUCCCAGUUCGUCAACCCAGAAUCAUGAACGAGGCAGACGAAUUAGAAAAGCAAGCUGUCAAACAACAAGAACAAAUCAACCACAUACUCAUGAACCCAUUCACUAGCCACACAGAUUACAGACUAAACACAGAGGGUGAUGGUUCACAGAAUAUUGACCCAUUCAAAAAGCCUGUGCUGUCUACGCCUAAACCGGAACCUCAGAAACUAAAGGUGGCUACGGGUGCUAGUAAUGAGUAUUUAGUUAAAGCAGUUACACGGUCCUCUAUUAAACCGGCCACGGGAGAUGAGAGCUCCGUUGUGGAUAGCUCGCUUAGUCUUUCCAAAAUUGCCGAGUUUUUGGGUAAUCAUUCCGUCAUCAACGUCUCCGACAUAAUCGACAAAUACUGUAAAAAGGAUAUCACCAAGCCUCUGCUAGAAGCAAAUAAAAUACCAAAGCAAGAACUACCCGUUACCUAUUUGAAAGACACUCGAAACAUCGAUUCUGCCAACAGCGCAGGCAGCGUCAAUACAGUGAUUGCCAUGAAAAACCAGGAGAACAGAGUCAUUCCUGAAGUGUUAAUUACGAGGGAUUCACUAACUAAAACCGCACAGGGUGAAAAGGAAAGUAUUAAGAGCGAGAACACUAGGUCUAAAUCCCCUUCGUCUAGAACCCGCUCGACUUUGAGUACGGUGCAAGAGAAUUAUGCUGCGGAGAGUCCCGUGCGGAUAAGUACAGGCGAGGUUAAACCUACACAUGUCCCCUCCCCAAACAGCCCCAACUUUGAGUAUAAAGAGUUAGAUAAGUCGGUAGAUUGGCGGGAAGUCAUGCAACAGAAGUGUAGGCGGCAGUCCAGCUUGGCUAAUCAAGGGCCAUGGAUCGAAAUAAAACCAACGCCUGUUAAAGGAUUUGUGGGUGUUAAUUGCCCCGCAUCAAUUUUCAUAACAACUAAAUCGGACAGCUGGCUGACUGCCACAUUCAAAUACGAAGACACCGACACCACGAGGCCCCUGCGUCUUGAGAUGCCCCGUCAGCCAUUACUUCUGUCUCCAGGCAAAACCGAACAAUUAACUCUAAACAUCACAUCGAAUGCCGAACUAUCGACUGACAUACCGUUCAUAAUUAUUGUCAAAGAUACCUCUAUAGACAGCGAACAAGAACAAAAAGGAACUUUGUCAGUGGAUUUCAAAAUGCCUGAAGUGCAAGCUAUAUCAACUUUCGGACCUAAUAAAGUUGUAUUUUCGCCGACUCAAGAACGAACACUUUUGGCAACUACAUUGGUGUUGCUCAGCGAUUCACCGGUCGAUUUACAAUUAUCAUUGUCGUUGGUCGACGGAAAUAAUGUGUUUUCACUGAGAAAUGUCCAAGAGAUUAAAAUUAGUGAGGUUAAUAAGAUGCUGGGGGCGGCGGAGGAGAAACAUGCUUUGGCGAAACUGAAGAAAGCCAGCUCUGCUGUCCAACUAUGCCGGUUGACGAAAGGAAACGCUAUUAGAGUGACUGUUGUUUUUGAAGCUCCUUCUUUUACUAAACAAGGUAACGAAUUGGAGAAGUAUCAAGGCGCAGUGGUCGUCAACCUUAUCGGUGUCCAGGCUUCGGUCAAAACGGUGGAGCUGACCGCCUCCGUGGGGGUCGCUACGCUCCGCCUCAACACGCCAGACAAGCCGUGCUUCACAAAGGAACCAAAAACAUUAACCUUAGUAAACGUCGGCUCCCUGCGAGGAACAUGGAACCUCAGGCUUAUGAUUGAAGACAGCAGGAUGUUUGUGUUCUCCGCGAAGAACGUGGAACUAGCUCCCGGGGAAGCGAAGGGGAUCACUGUGUCUUAUAAAGGGCCGGAGGAUGUCGUCUAUAAAGCAAUGUUAACGUUCGUAGAAACUUUCUCCGGAGCCAAAACAGCCAUAGAAAUACAGGGUGGCACAGAAAAGUUCCCCAUCAAAACCAGCAACCUCAUCCUAUCGUGGGUCCGAAGCGGCCGAAAGGAAAUAUGCCUCAAAAAUUUCUCCGACAAGAAAGUUUUGGUUCGCUGUGAUAUAGUCGGUGAUGCGUAUACAAUAGACGUGCCCGGUGUGGACGCGAGGGGGACUAGUUGUAUAAUAAGCUUCAAUCCCAACGAAUGUCGGCAGUUGCCGAUAGUGUACGCACCGACGACGCACUUGCCAAAUGCAGCGACGUUGUUUAUAAAGAUGGAUAAGAAUAAUGAUCACGUUAAGAAGAUAAAGCUUUACGGAUGUGCAAGCGGUGACUCGUUGCGAUGGGUCGGUCUGGCCACUUACGGGGAGACCGCGCUCGUGCGGGCUGUAGCUCGCUCCUCCAUAGAUCUCAAGUUGACCAACAAGUCUCCCAUGCCGGCUUUCGUUUGCGCCAGGGUCAAUUUCAACCUGCAAUACAUGUCCCUGGGGGGUUCGUCCCGCCUGGUGGGCGCGCGGCACGUGGUGCGCGGUCGCGGCGCGCACACGCUGUCGCUGCGCGUGGAGUGGGCGCGCGUGGAGCGCCGGGCGCUCGAGGCGCGCGCGCCCACGCUCGCCACGCUCACCGCGCUCACCGGGCCCGAGCUCACCCGCCACCGGAUACUCAGAAUACUCAGAGACGAGAACACCGGCGAACUGGACACCUCCCUGCUGCCGGACAACCUGAAGAUGCUGGUCGGACCAUUCGAAGGCGAAGAAGUGGACAUGGAUGCCGUGCUCACGGAUUUCGAGGAAACAAAGGUAUCGCUGGUUGAUUUGAUUGGAGGCCUGCAGGAGCUGAAGGCGCAGAUAGACUUGCCCGUCGACCUCUCCGAGGAAACUAUCAUCAUAGCCGACGACACGGUGUUAGAACACCAUACUCUUUUCGAAUAAAUUAGCAUCUGAGAAUGUUUCUUGUCGAACGCGAUGAAACGCUUGACUAAUAUGCGACUGGUUCGCAUUCUCGUACUUUUACAAAUGAGCAAACAUUAGUAAAAAAUGGUCUAGCCUUUAUCCAGUAUUUUCGUAAAAUAUCGACUUCCAUCCGCGUUUCUUCAGAACUAAACGGAUGACUGGAAAAGUUGUAUUAAUUUUUAUGUAAGUAUAUAAUUUAUUACGAAUUCAACCUUGUUAUUUAGGAAAUAAAAGACAUAUCCUGAAUAAGCAGGUGAUAAUGAAUUGUUUGAUUACUUGGACUGUGAUAACUGAACACAACCUUAUUAUUAUGAUAAUAAGAGCGGGUGUACAUCAUUUAGAACUGAUUACUCCUCGCCCGCUUAGCGGCGUGGAAUAUUUGUCCCCGCCGAGCACAGAUGGGAAUAGUUGCAUUCGCAUCCCAUCUGGACCCGUCUCAUGUAUGGCCGUGAUCGCGUAGAGCGGGGACAAAUGGUUUUCCCGCUUAGGUACUUUUGAUCUUGGAUGUAAACUAGCUUGCUCACCAUGCUAGAGGAGCUAAAGUAUAUUAUAGGUUACAUACCGUUUAGUUUUUCUUUUUGCAAAAAUAACUGCAGGUUAUUAAAGGUCAUUCUACAAAAAUAUUCCCCUGGCCGUACCUAUUCGCAAAUUUCCAGAUGCCGGUUUAUUAGCAUCUCAUUUUUGGUCACUGUGUAACCCGUGCCAAGUACCAUCUACAACCAUAACGGCUGAGCGAAAUCUGGGAAUUUGUGAGUAGGUAUAGCCAGGGGAAUGAGACUGCUGCAGAAUGACCAAAAUCCGUCCUCUCAAAUCGGCGUUUUGCUCAAAGAAUGUUUUUUAGUUCUAUGAACUUGAUAAUUAUAGAAUAGCUAUCUGUAGCAUGGAUCACAAUUUUGAUUUAGGUAUAAGGUUUUGUAUUGUUUAGGAUAUACAUAUGUACUUUUAAAUGAAGCAAUAAAAAACUAUUUUCAAUUC